UCGACAGGAGAUUCAGCAGAAACACAAUACUGUUUCCCACACCUGAAAGGAUCCUGUCCACAAAGUCAAACACUGAUCCUUAUCAAAAUAGCCAUGUACAUGUUCAUGGUGUUCACCAUUCUGAUGACUGUCUGUGGAAACCUGCUGGUCAUCAUCUCCAUCUCUCAUUUCACACAACUCCAUUCUCCAACAAACCUCCUCAUCCUCUCUUUAGCAUGCAUUGACUGUUGCUUGGGGUCUUUUGUUAUGCCAUAUAGUAUGAUCAGAUCUGUGGAAAGCUGUUGGUAUUUUGGAGAAAUUGCAUGCAAGAUGCACUCUGCCUUUGACAUGACAUUGUCCAUUGCGUCCAUAUUGCACCUCAGUCUCAUUUCUGUUGACAGGUAUUGUGCCAUCUGUAAGCCUCUUUGGUACAGAAGCGCAGUAACCAUGCUCAAGGUGGCCUGUCUUAUUGCCAUCACCUGGUUGUUUUCCUUUGGAUUCAGUUUCGGAGUGGUUUUUUCAAUGAUUAAUUUAGUCGGUAUGGAGGAGUUAAUUGCAGCAAACUCCUGUGAGGGGACCUGUCUUCUCAUUUUCAAUAAAGAAUGGGGAGUCAUUGCAGCUUUAGUGGCCUUCUUCAUUCCAGGAACAGUCAUGACAUUACUGUAUCUAAAAAUUUUCUAUGUUGCAAGAAGUCAUGCCAGAAAGAUCAAUGACAGCCUAGCAGCACCAAGAGCAGUAAACGACAAAAAAACCCAUUCAUCUGAGCAAAGAGAGAAAAAAGCCGCAAAGACCCUUGCCUUCGUGAUGGGGGUCUUUGUGCUGUGUUGGCUACCAUUUUUUAUAGCCCUUAUUGUUGAUCCUUUCAUUAAUUUUUCUACUCCUCUGAGUGUAGUCGAUGCUCUUACAUGGUUUGGGUACUUUAACUCUACUUGUAACCCGCUCAUUUAUGGAUUUUUCUAUCCCUGGUUCCAGAGGGUAUUUAAAAUUAUUAUAUCAGGACAAGUUUUUAAAAAUGGCUCUUCAUUGAUAAACCUUUAUACAGAAAAUGUGUAA